CAGGCAAACACAGGCCUCGCUUUUCUAAACGCGUUUGACAGAAAUGCAAAAUGUGAGCACGGUCGGUCAAAAAUCAAGUGACAAAAGACAUCAUGAGGACCACAGAAACACUCCUUCAUCCCAGAUGCUAUUUUUCUACUAAAUGCAGCAACCCGGACGAAACAGAGGAGGUUUAGCAAUUUCGAUGUAUAAAUCACAUAUGUACCUUGACUGCAAGUCAGUGGCCCAGAAGGGCCAAACGGACGAACCUUUCUAGACAAUAACAUGAUGACACAGCUGCAGUGUUAAAUGUUAACUGUCAGCCUACGCCUGUCCCAGGGUACAGAUAGGCCAAAGGUCCACUCUGUGCCUCACCUGAGUGACUCCUCCUAGGAGAGAUAACCAGCUCUCCAGCCUCUCCGGGAUCCCGCUUCCUCUCUGCCCCAGUCUUAAGCCUCACAGAGCUUUGGAGGACUCGACUCUUGUAGCCAGGCCAGAGGGAUCUGCACCGGGAGGCUUACAACUCAGAACGGGACUGAGAGGAAACACACAGGCUCUUAUGAAGCUUUGAAACAAGCUGUGCACGUUUGUGUGUGCAUGUUUCAGGUACACAACACAGAAGCUACCAUGGAGAACAAUGUCACACAGAUUUCCCGAGACGACCUGGAAGAUCUCAGAGAGGCCUUUAACAAAAUUGAUAUUGAUAACAGCGGCUAUGUGAGUGACUAUGAGCUUCAGGAGCUGUUCAGAGAGGCAAGUUUCUCCCUGCCAGGUUACAAGGUGCGAGAGAUCAUUGAGACCUUCAUAGCUGGAGACACCAACAAGGACGAAAAGAUCAGCUUUGAGGAAUUUGUUUCCAUCUAUAAGGAGCUGAAGAGCAAGGAGUUCAGCGAGACGUUUAGGAAAACCAUCGCAAGGAGAGAUGGGAUCCGAUCCUUUGGCGGGACAUCAGGAAUCUCGAGCGAGGGAACGCAACAUUCCUACUCUGAUGAGGAGAAGGUGGCUUUCGUCAAUUGGAUCAACAAAGCUUUGGCAAAAGAUCCAGACUGCCAACAUCUGCUGCCCAUGAGCCCCGGCGAUGAAAGCCUCUUCACCUCUGUUUGCGAUGGCAUCCUGUUAUGCAAAAUGAUCAACCUGUCUCAGCCGGACACGAUUGACGAAAGAGUCAUCAACACGAAGAAACUUACCACCUUCAAAAUGAGAGAGAAUCUGGUCUUGGCUCUGAACUCAGCCUCGGCGAUCGGCUGCACGGUGGUGAGCAUUGACGCUCAUGAUCUGAUGGCUGGGAAACCCCACCUGGUCCUGGGCCUGCUCUGGCAGAUUAUCAAAGUUGGCCUGUUUGCUGAUAUAGAAAUCAGCAGGAACGAAGGUCUAAUUGGCCUUUUGCCUGACGGAGGAAAACUGGACGAUCUACUGUCUCUCUCACCUGAGGAGCUGCUGCUCCGCUGGGUCAACCAUCAUCUGCGCAACGCAGGAACGAAAACAAUCAGCAACUUCAGUGAAGACAUCAAGGACUCGCGAGCCUACUUCUACCUGUUGGACCAGAUCGCUUCCAAAGGAGAGCUUGACUACAAAAACCGCUCAUGUCGUGUUAAAAUCGACAUGAGCGGCUUCAGUGAGCCUGAUCUGGAUCAAAGGGCUGAGCUGAUGCUGCAGCAGGCGGCCCGGCUGGACUGCAGGCAGUUUGUUUCUCCUCAUGACGUCACGUCUGGAAACAGCAAACUCAACUUGGCCUUCGUGGCCAAUCUGUUCAACAUGCAUCCUGCUCUGCAGAGUGCUCAGAUCGACAUUAAUGGCAUAGAGACUGCAAACAUAGUGGGUGAAUCCAGGGAAGAGAAAACAUUUCGCAACUGGAUCAAUUCUCUGGGCAUCUCUCCGUAUGUCAACCACCUGUACUGUGACCUGCGUGAUGGCUUGGUGAUUCUGCACCUUUAUGAGAGGGUUAAUGUGCCUGUGAACUGGAAGAAAGUCAACAACCCACCUUAUCCUUUCCUGGGGGCGAAUAUGAAGAAGCUGGAGAACUGUAACUAUGCUGUGGAGCUGGGCAGGGAUGUAGCUCACUUUUCUCUGGUUGGUAUUGGAGGAGAAAACUUAAACGAGGGGAGCACCAUGCACACUCUGGCGCUGGUCUGGCAGCUGAUGAGGAGGUACACAGUGCUAGUUUUGUCAAAUCUGGGCGAUGGAGAAAAGGUUGGAGACCAGAUCAUCCUCGACUGGGUCAACACCACCCUGAGCGAGAAACGCAAGGACACGCAGAUCAGCAGCUUCAAAGACAAACUGAUCAGCACCAGUCUACCAGUAAUUGACCUGAUUGAUGCCAUCGCUCCUGGUACUGUCAAGUGGGACAUGGUCAAGAGAGUACAGAAAGGAAGCCUGAAGGAGGAGGAUAAACUCGACAAUGCCAAGUAUGCGAUCUCAUUGGCCCGUAAGAUCGGAGCUCGUGUUUAUGCGCUGCCUGAUGAUUUGGUGGAGGUGAAUCCCAAGAUGGUGCUGACGGUGUUCGCCUGCCUCAUGGGCCACGGUUUGAAAAAGGCCAACUGCUGAAAGAAACGGACAUGAACAAACCUGGGAACCAGCCACCAAUAUACUAAUUACUGCAUUUUUUUUCCAUCUGCUAUCUCUUUAUCUUUUUUCAUUUUUUUCUUCACCGCUCUAAUUCCUUUUUCUUUGACCUUUCACCUAGCAAAGGAAUUUAUAUUGUGUUCACGAAAACAGUAAGCACAUCUUAAGUGGAAAGUCAUUUCUCAUCAGCAAAGCCACUGCAUUUGUUUGUUAUCUUUGAUUUUGUACAACAAGCUCCUGAUUGUUCUUUGCUAUUUCAUGUAUAAUACGACAUAUGAGUGGGAGAUACAGCAGAAGGAAAAGCGGAAUCAAACAAAUAUGUCUUCUUUCAGCAAUACUUUAAGUCUGUAAAUGUUGUGCAUUGAAUAUUUUAUUUAAUUAUUAAAAAGAAUCA